UAGUGGAAGUCUGGAAGACCGACAUAAAUGCAUUAUGUAUUGUUGCAUAUUAUGGAAUGUAUCAAACUACUCAAUACUCAUUACCAUGUGGUGGGUUAUAUCUCAUAUUGGCCUCUUCUCCACUAUAUAGUGCUGUCCAUCAAUUAUUUAUUCUCAUUUUAAAAAAUUUAAUUGUGUAAAGUAUCUCCAUUGUUGUUUGUUUGUUAAGAGUUGAAUGUGAUAUGUCAACAUCCUCGAUACUAAAAUUAUUGAUAUAAUUUGGUAGAGUUUUCCUGUGGUGAGGUCUUGAACUAAAGAAGAACUUGACAUUUGCAUGUAGUUCAGUAGUUGUAGGUAGCUUUGCUUGUUAUUUGUCUUCGUUUAGUCACUAGUUUUGUAAGAAAAAAAAAAGUGGUUGCAGAGAAAAUGAAAGUUACACAAUUUAACAAAUUUAUAGCCAAAAAUGAAUGUCUCGUCCGAAACUUACUCCUAAAUUUAACCCAAACAUCACCUUUGUUCUUAAGCUUACAAACUCACUCUCUUUUGCUCAUCACUUCACUUUAAAAAAAAAAAAACAACAUCGAUUUACUUUCUUCUUAAACUUUUUAUGAGAUGUGAAAUGCACUAAUUUUUUUUUUCUUUUUUGUUAAUAGAAACAAAUUGUUACUGUGUUUAUUAAUAUCAGUGGAUAUCAUAACUCAAGAGUCUAGAUAAUAACGAUAUAAUUUCUUAAAAAUCUUUUUUAAGUGCAUUUCGCAUAAGUUUUUUUUUUAAUUUUUUUUUGUUUUCUUCGCAGAGAAUUCUAUCUGGUAUAUCAUAACCCAUUUUAAUGAACAAAUAUUUGAUUUCUUGAAUCUUUAAUUUAAUUCUUUUCCCUCAAUUCCCACUUAGUUUGCGUGUACGUCACUUCUAAAAUUAUGUUAGAAUCAUCAGUCUAUCAGACCUAGACCUUACAGUACACUGGAAAGAGUCCCAAACAUAGUAGGAGGAGUCUGAAAUUACAUUCUUUUUUCUUUUCUUUAUAUAUUCCCAAUCAUAACUUGGAGUUGUAUUAAAUGUACCUGAAUCACGUGAGAAUAAAACGGAGGUUUUUCAUACCUUUACAAAAGAAAAUGAAAAUAAAACAAUUCAACUUUUAAGGAAGAUCAGAGAAGUAGUUGAGAGCCUUUAAUCUAGUAGUUGAGGACUGAGGAGUUUAACUAGUGAGAGGAAGAGGCUCGAGGAGGAUCUCUAGCAUUAUCAAACUCUCUCAUCUUCUUUGUGCACUCCAAAAAGUCUUCUCGUCUCUCUUCAAUCAAUCGCACAUAAUGGCACAUGGAACACCGCUCAUUACAAGAAAGAGGAUCUGCAACUUAUUCUUGAUCGUUUGUAUCAUUGCAUGUUUUAUUGGUUUGGUCGUUUUUCUAUUCAUCAACGAAUCCAACCGUCCGGCGCCAAAAGUAGAAUUAGCUUCUAUGGAUUUCACGGUGCUUAAUAUCACACAGACUCGUCUUAGUGCAAAGUGGGAUUUGUCCAUAAGGAUCCCUGAAGAUCUUCCUGGUAACUAUAUAUGUCUUCAAGGAGACUUCCAAGCUUCAUUUCUUUACAAGAAUGUUACUCUUGCUACAUCAUCUCCACAAAAUUACAACAAUCUCAAAUACCGCUUGCCUCAGCUUCUUAAAGUUUCUGCGGUUGUCUCCGACGAAGAUAUUGGUUCGAUUGGAACAUGCAGUAUGGAAGAUGUCAAAGAGAGGAAGCAAGUAACGUUUGGAUCACAGUUUUCUCUUACCGAUUGCAGAAAAAAGACGUCAGGAGUUAUGAGUUAUGCAUGCCAUGAAGUGACCUUGAGGUUCGAACCCGGAUCCGAUAUGAAGGCGUCUGUGUUUGGGAAGCAUCCAAGGUGCAAGAAUUUCUGACCAAGUCCACGUCAUCACCAGUUUAAUGUUAAGUUUACAAAGAUUUGACAUCUUACCUAGGGGCUUUACUGAAUCAAAGAUUUAGUUUUAUUUGUAAUGACUUAAGAUUUGGGUAGACUUCAGGGUCUAAAGUUUAUCGUCUUGUUUUUUUAAUAUUUCUUAGGACCUAUUAAAAAUGUAAUG